GCCCGCGGGCACGGCGGGCGCGGGCACGGCCGCAGGACUGAUGUAACAUAUUGAACAGCAGCCUUUGUGGAAAAAAAAUGUCCUACUGUACCAAAGAGAGAGCUUGGUCAGAUUUGGCAAAGCCUCCAGUAAAUGAACCAAGGGAAGCGGAACAGUUUCUAAUGCAGACGCCCCAGGGAAAUCCACUGCUGCUUUCCCACACCCUCCAAGAGCUAUUGAGCAAGGACAGUGUGCAGGUGGAGCUCAUACCUGAGAAGAAGGGCCUUUUUCUGAAACAUGUGGAAUAUGAGGUUUCCAGCAAGCGAUUCAAGUGCUCCGUGUACAGACGCUACAAUGACUUUGUGGUGUUCCAUGAGAUGCUGCUGCASAAGUUCCCCUAUCGCAUGGUGCCAGCUCUGCCACCAAAGAGGAUGCUGGGAGCCGACCGAGAGUUCAUAGAAUCGAGGAGGAGAGCGCUGAAGCGUUUUAUAAACCUGGUGGCUCGACAUCCCCCUUUCUCAGAAGAUGUGCUCUUGAAACUCUUCCUGUCCUUCAGUGGCUCAGAUGUACAGAAUAAGCUAAGGGAGUUGGUCCAGGGAGUAGGAGAUGAAUUUGUGACUUGCAGAUUAGCUACCCAGGCCAAGGACUUCCUCCCAGCUGACAUUCAGGCCCAGUUUGCUGCCAGCAGGGAGCUGAUCAGAAAUAUUUAUAACAGCUUUUAUAAGCUCCGGGACCGCGCRGAGAGGAUCGCUUCCCGAGCCAUCGAUAACGCCUCCGACCUCCUCAUUUUUGGGAAGGAGCUCAGUGCUUUGGGCUCAGACACUACCCCACUUCCUUCCUGGGCUGCUUUGAACAACAACACGUGGGGGACUCUGAAACAAGCCUUGAAGGGUCUGUCUGUUGAAUUUGCACUUCUGGCAGAUAAGGCUGUGCAGCAAGGUAAACAGGAAGAGAAUGAUGUGGUGGAGAAGCUGAACCUUUUCCUGGAUUUACUCCAGUCCUAUAAAGAUCUGUGUGAAAGGCACGAGAAGGGGGUGUUGCACAAGCACCAGCGAGCGUUGCACAAGUACAGCAUGAUGAAGAAGCAGAUGAUGAGUGCCACCGUGCAGAACAAAGAGCCAGAAUCGGUGGAGCAGCUGGAAUCUCGCAUUGUGGAGCAAGAGAACGCGAUCAUAACCAUGGAGCUGCGGAAUUACUUCUCCCUGUAUUGCCUGCAUCAGGAGACACAGCUCAUCCACAUCUACCUGCCUCUCACAUCUCACAUUUUGGGGGCCUUUGUCAACUCCCAGAUUCAGGGUCACAAAGAGAUGAGUAAGGUUUGGAAUGAGUUGAAGCCGAAGUUGAGCUGCCUUUUCGUGGGAUCUAGCAGUAUGCCAASCCCACCACUGUCACCUCCAGAGGGAAACUUCUUUUCCAAUUAAUGUUCCGGGCAUCCCGCAUGGAGCAAGAAGGGCAAUCAACGAAGGGGUGGGACCUCUACCUCCAAUGAAUCCUCCAAACAGCUAUUUUUUUUUUUUUUUUUUUAAUAUUGCUGCUUUGAGCUGCUCUCUGAUUUAGACAGACUGGAUGUGGGGCAGAACAUACAGAUACAGAGACAAUUUGUUAAUUUUGCAAUGCCCUGGGGCAGAGCUGAUGUUCMUUAUCCUGCAGACACUCCCCAUGGGGUUGGGAUGUGGUCUGGCACAGCGAGUGCUGCAAUUGCUGAGGUCUCUGCAUCUUGUACUAACAGUCCUCCASUUGUGUUUGUCUGCAGCUGUGCUGACACAUCUCUCCACAUCUCUGAAGUGCUGAGAUGAGCAGGAUAGCUGAAGCACUUGCUUGUAGUGGAGAUAAAAUGCCUUUUAUGCCUUGGAGGGCCUGUGUUAGGGACGCGUGUGCAUAAGGAAAGCUGAAAGCCAUCCCCUAUCCCAUUGUAGGUGUCUGGAUUUGAUUUCUUACUGCUAGACUUUAGCACAAAAUKAAUGAAGUGGUUGGAUUUUGUAAGCCAGAGGGCAGGGGUCUGUGCUGCUGUGUGACAGGGAUUUUCCUGGUGGAUGGACUGUUUCCCUUCAUGGUUGCAGGGCAGCCUGGGGACUUGCUCAUAUUUUUCAGUUUGGGGCCAAAGACAGCUGGGUUCAGGAACUCAGAGGAGUUUCCCUGGCGUAAAUGAGGAAGUAAUCUUCUAAAACACUCCUUAAUUGUAAACCACUCUACUACAGGAGCAGAACAGCCACAAGGUAGCUUGUUUAUGUCUCCUGGAGGUUCUGACCUCCAUCUGGUGAGUAGCUGUUAAGGUCUGUUGGAGAGCUGCUGACCCGAAGGCUGGUGUUUUCUUUGGUGUAAGAUCAGAAGUAUCCUGUUACACCAGCAGGCUGGAACACAAUGCUGAUACAGUUCAUUAGCAAAAAAUCAGUAUUUAUCAGGAUGUUACUGUAAUUAGUUUUCCUGGCUGUGGGUAGCAUUGUAGUGUGUUUGUGAAGGAGAGCAGAUAAUUAAGUGAAAGUUCUCAUCUCUAAAAACACCACAGCCCUUGGUAAUGGGGUUUUCAGAACCGUUUGUGGUUGUGAUAAAGGGACUUAACAUUCUCCACUUUGUGUCUCCAGUGACUUUCCCUGGAGAGUCAAAAAGGGAGAACGUGCAUGUCGUGUUACCUCAGGGGAAAUGGUGCACAUCCUCCAGAGAAAUUGAUAAUCAAACUGCAAACGUCUGCAGCAAAACUCUGUGUGAACAAGACUACCCGAACCUGACUUCUCUGGGGCCAAAAUAGCUUCCAAAGGGGAAUUUGUGACUUGGUUUCUUAGAAUUUUCUUWGAGUUGGUAAAAAGGAAGCAAAUUAACAAGGAUGAGUGCUUGCUGUCAAACUGGAACCAUUACAGUAUUUUCCCACUGGGGAAUUUCCCCAUUAUCAGGAAAUGUAUUUAAAUCCUCCAAUCACAAAAGCUUUUUUUUUUUUUUUUGAGGGGUUUUUUUUUGUUAUUGUUUCUUUUUUGUUUUUGAUUUAGAAAAUUCAGUGCAACAUGAAAAUCUUCCUAGCCCAGGCUGAAAUUCUGGGUUAGUUUCUUCAGCUAGGAGCAAGAUAAGUUAUUUGCCUGGUUUCAGGAGACUGAAUARCCAUUACUCACACUCCUCAAAAUGGGGUAGAUACACUGCUAUGGGUGAAUUCCUUGAGUSCUGGGCCUUAAGCAGAGUGUAGCCAACCUUGCACAGAAUGCAUUAAGAGCUUUUUCCAACAAUUCAGAUGUUAACUCACUUUCCUCCUGCACAUGGGCCUUGUCCAGUGAGACAGAUGAACUGCAAAUGGCUGUGGCAGAUUUGAUUCUCUCCUGCAGAAGAAAUUCUGCUCACAAGCUGGAACUAACUGGCAGGGAAGGGAAAUGUUUCUACAGUCCAGUUACAAAGARAAUAUCAUCUCAAGCGUGGCACACAGGUUUUUCUGCUUGACCUUGUUUUGAUUAGGAAGAUGGUUUGUGGUUCAAGUGUGGAAAGUGUGUUACCAGACUUUUACAUGCUCUUCACCCCUGGCAUUAUCAGCAGCUGCUGGCUGGUUAUGGCUGGCUUAGUCUCAGACCCAUCCUCCCUCAUUUGUUUACCUGAUGUGGUGGAUAGUGAAAAUGAGAAAUACUGUAUGUUUUGGGGCAAGAGCUGAUAAUUUAUGAUGGGUCUCAUAUGKAAUUUGUUUGACUGGGCAGUGUUUUGUGGGAGCAGUUGCAAAGGAGUAGCCUGAAUGGAAUUUUGUGCUUCUCACUUUCAGAAAAAAAUGACAAUUUUUGAACUUGAUUUAAAAUCAAAAAGCAACCCCUCAAAAAGCAAACAUCAAAAUGACAUUAGGGCUUUAGACUAACUCCUCUUUCCUGUUYUUCAAAGCAUGAAUUGUACAGUCCCAAGUGCACAGACUAACGAUGAUAGACACACACCACAGAACCUAUCAAGAAACUGAAAUUAUGUUGUUUUGAGAAAAUACCCAUUCCUCCCCUGUUAGCCCUUUGUCUUUGAAGAUAGUCUUGGGUGGGUUUUUCUUGUUUUGGUUUUACUCUGUUUUCCAGGUAUUGAAGAACUGAGGCCCAGUAUUCUCAAAGCUGAUCCAGCUGCUGGCAYCUUCAGAGUUUAUUUCAUACUGGACUGUCAAGCUUCUGUCUCAUUCCUAAACACAUGCAGACACUAUUUCAUACAACCCUUAGUUUGCAAACCUUUCUUCUGGGAGACUGGUCAGUGUGCAAAUAGCACUGUUUGUUUACCUCAAUGUGUGAGGGAUUUCAUUGCUGCCGUUACGUUCAGUUUAUGGAUCUGUCAGACUUGGAGGGCAGCAUCAAGCACAGCCUCCUUCCUCCAGAGGGAAGCAAUAGGGACUCCAAGGAUCCAUCAAGCUGAUUUCAGUUGUCUGUCUGCCCUAGUUAGUGUGGGGAAAACAGCUGUAGUUACCUCCAUGCUCUUGCCUUCUGCAGUAAACACUAACCAAGCCAGACUAAGUGAGGAGUGUGUGCUGCCUAUCUGAGAUCUGAUGCUCCUGUAAGAUGCAGUGCCAAAGUGUUAAUGUGCUUUUUGUGAAUGGAAGCUUUCGUGUGUGUGCUUGAGGUCAGGGGACUUUGAUGUGUUCAAAGGAGSGAUGGUGGAAAAGCCUUCAGCGUCUGUCAGAUCAGUCCUGGAGGUACCAGGGUGGUGAACACCUGAGGCCCUGAAAGRCUGCCUGGAAACUUCUCUGAAAAGGGCUCUUAUGUUUUUGUCACUCCUGAGGGCUUCUCCACUUCCAGCUGUGAAGUGGGAAUAUGCAGGUUUUUUGUCGGUAUCAUGUGUUGAAAGGCUCCAAACUCUAUUUACAAUACCUUAAAUCUUUGAUCCUUCUUUCCCUCUCCUGCCAUCUUCCUGGCAAGUUGCUCCUCCUAAGCUGUAACAUGUUCAAUGGUGCCUUGCUGCAUUCCAGUGCUUUUAACUCUCCUCUGACCAUGCAAGGGUGUCAUUCCUA